AUGUGCUGUGAAUCUGUACUACUUAAAAAAUACGCUCAGCGUCCUGUUCCGCUCGCAUUCCCGUUUCGCUCCCGAUUCCCGUUCCGCUCCCACCGUCCCCGUCCGUGCAAUCCCAUUCCCGCAGCUCCCCUCUCAGACCCAGCCACGAGCCGCCGCCCCCCUCUCAGAUCCGGCCCAGCCACCCCCCUCCCCCAUCCCCGCGUCUUCCCUCCGCCGCUAGCCAGCCCCGUCUCCCCUCCAUCGCGAGUGGACGCCGCCGAUACCCGACCUCCUCCUCCACUUCGCCGCCGCCGCCUCCUCCUCCAAGAACCACCACUAGCCGCACCACUGGUUUCCGGCGCUUCCGGCCCUCCUCCGCCUCCACCUCGCGUCGCCCUCCCUCCCCGCGGCCAAGCAGAUCCACGGCGCGCGCUCGGCGCCGGGGUGCCGCCCGCCCACCCGCUGCUUGGCAAGCACCUCCUCUUCCACCUCGACUCCCUCCGCGCCCCGCCGCUCCGCUACGCCGUCGCCGUCCUAUCCCGCAUCCUCCCCAACCCGGACCCCUUCUCCCUCAACACCAUCCUCCGCAUCGCCGCGUCCUCGCCCCGCUCGCGCCUUGCGCUCGCGCUCCACCGCCGCGGCCUCGCGCCGCCCGACACGCACACCUACCCGCCGCUGCUCCACGUGUGCGCGCCUCCUCGCGCUCCGCGACGGGGAGCGCCUCCACGCCGAAGCCGCCAAGAACGGGCUCGCUGCGCUCGUCUACGUCAAGAAUUCGCUCGUCCACCUCGACGGCGUGUGCGGCCUGUUCGAGAGCGCGCACAGGGUGUUCGACGAAAUACCCGUGCGCGAGCGCAAUCUCGUCUCCUGGAACUCGAUGCUCAACGGGUUCGCGGCCAAUGGCCGCCCAAACGAGGUGCUCACCGUCUUCCGGGAGAUGUUGGAUGUCGACUUCAAGCCGGAUGGAUUCACUAUGUACUGGUCGGGAAGGGGGCCCGGGCGAGGAGCGGUUACAGAGGAGUCGGUGCCGAGCUAGGAGACGAGGAACCGGAGCGAGCUGGGUCACGGUGCAACAGCAUCUGGUACAUUUUGAAGGUGACAAUUGGCAGAAACUAUGUUGGGAAUAUUGUGGAAUACCGGGAUUUCUGUGUAAGAAACUACACUCUUGUCCCUACAAUCAACAACAGCAUUAAGAUGGAAGUAGGAAUUGAAGAUUGCUUACAUAUUGAGUUUGAAUACAGCAAAAGCAUAAUAAAGAUACAAAACAUGGAUCUGGAGAUUCGUCGUCGGGAAUCAACAGGAUCAGGCUCUAACACAUAUGUUGAAACUGAGACUCUUGCAAAGUUUGAGUUGAUGGAUGGUGCUCCUGUUAGAGGUUAAGGAUGUUAUGAAGAAACAGAACGAGCUUCCUCUGUGCAAGGAGGGAGAUAUGAUAAUGGAUCAACUCACUGAGCUCACCAGUAAAGGUUGUGGGUGUCUACUUGUGGUUGAUGGCGGGCAUCAUUUGAUUGGGACCUUCACUGAUGGUGAUCUCCAGUGUACACUUAAGGAAAGCGGGCCAGCUAUUUUUAAUCUCACAGUUGGAGAGAUGUGCAGCGGGUUUGUCAAUAUUAACUUGCUAUGUUGUACCAGGCCUCUAUGAAUUCUUUUUCCCGCAAGUAUGAGGUGGUAUUUGGAAGGGAGCAGAAACAAGUUAAAGUUGUGGGUAUUAAAUGGAUUCAUUGUCAUAUUCGUUAGAUGGGAGAAUUCAGCGGGUAGAAUGGAGAUCACUAGAGGAAGCAAGGUAUUUCUAUUGGCUUGUUUCUGCUCCCUUCCAAAAACCAGUUACUACUUGUCAGCCGAAUCAUGGAAGCAUGUGGUAAAAGGUGGGAUACUAUAUUUUGAUAAAAAUAAGGGCGAGCUACUAUAUGGAAAAUAUUUGUCUGUUUUGACUGAAGUUUGCUGAACCGAGUUCACUUCAUAGAGUGAAAUUUUGAUGAUUGAGCUAAUUGUUUGCUAUUUUAUUCUUGUUGGCAGACUUAUCCUAACCUGUUACAAGAUCAUCCGGCCUAUUCAACUGUCAAGCACGGCUUGUCUUGCUUAUAUAUUGUUUAAAUGCUUUCAA